GCAUUUUCUUCGCUCUCUAGGUUGUAUUGGAUGCUGACGUUUCUGCAUAUUAACCAACGAGUCAACGCCAAACAAAUAGUCGUAGGCAUAUUUCAAGACACUAACGAUGGCAGAUGCAGGUCCAGGCUCAUCUAGAUACCCUACCAAGGGGCUGCUUUAUGGAGAAUACCUGAAGUUAGAGAAACUGUUGGCCUGUCAGGAUCCGGUAACGAAGCGUGACGCUGAAGAAGUUCAUGACGAGCAUCUCUUUAUUAUUACGCACCAAGCUUAUGAACUGUGGUUCAAGCAGAUCCUUGUCGAACUGGAUUCGAUCCGACCGUUGUUCGAUACGGAGGUCGUCGAAGAGGCCAAGAUGCUACUUAUCACUCAAAGACUUAAUCGUAUAGUCUUGAUUCUCAAGCUGUUAGUGGACCAAGUGGCCAUCCUAGAAACAAUGACUCCUCUGGAUUUUCUCGAAUUUCGGAACUACCUUGCCCCUGCGUCAGGUUUCCAGAGUCUACAAUUCCGUCUAUUGGAAAACACAUUAGGAAUCAAAAAUGAACAUCGAGUGAACUAUAGCCGUGACCUCUACGUGAACGUGUUUAAUGACCCGAAGGCGAUAGAAAUCGUUAAAAAAUCGCACGAACAACCGUCGCUGCUGUUUCUCAUCCAGCGGUGGCUGGAACGUACCCCGGGUCUUGAGGAAGAUGGCUUCAACUUUUGGGCAAAGUACAAAGCCGUCGUCACUCUAAUGUUGGACCGAAUGGAAGACAAGGGCCAUAAGAAAAACGACACGCAAAUGAUAGAAAAUGUGUGCGCGAAAAGGGCGGUGUUUGCGACAAUUUUCGACGAAUCCCUUCAUAACGAAUUGAUAAAGCGCGGCGAGCGACGGCUAUCACAUAAGGCACUUCAAGGAGCAUUAAUGAUUUAUUUGUACAGGGAUAGUCCUCGUUUUCAUCAGCCCUUCCAUAUGCUAACGCUGCUUAUGGACAUCGAUUCUCUUAUUACCCGAUGGAGAUAUAACCACGUUCUAAUGGUGCAACGAAUGAUCGGUUCAUCGCGAACAGGCACAGGAGGAUCUUCAGGUUACCAAUACUUGCGUUCAACAUUGAGCGACCGUUAUAAGGUCUUUCUGGACCUAUUCAACUUAUCAACUUUCAUCAUACCACGGUCAUGUCUGCCGCCACUGACUCCUUCUAUGACUAGAGCUUUAUCUAUGUCUGAAACUUACGAAGAAAUGGAAAAGUUUUUGUCAUAACAGAAAUAAAAGGUUGACAUCAGACCUAUUCUGAAUCCGGACUCAGAAUCAAAGGCAAACAUUUUAAUAGAAUUUAUUCUAGACGUCUCACCUGUGUGGAUUAUAUCGAACUCUUUUCUUAAUCCUACAUACCUACAAAGUAUUCACAGCUUUGCCACUCCUUCUCAUUCGCACUUUUUACUCCUAUCCUUCUCACUUCGCUAACUCCUAUCCUAUUCUCCCUAUAUUUUGUAACGUUACUAUUAACUUUUUAAAAUUUUCUACUGCUUUAAGGAUUUAUCCGACCCUUUAUGGCUCCUUUCAAAUGCAACAAAAAAAAACUUGUUUUGUAAUCAUUUGUAAGCAACAAGUGUUUUCUAUUUUUGUAGCUGAUAAUAAUACUCUACCUUAGGCUGUAACAAACUCACUUUCUUUGAAAAAACUUAGAUACUCGAGAUGGAACUGCUA